AUGGAAAUCACUGCCGAGAACGAGCGCUACGACGAGAUCUCCAACUUCCAAGAUGCCAGAUACGUUUCGGCAUCGGAGGCCGCAUGGAGGUUAUUCUCCUUUGACAUUGUAGACCGCAAUCCUCCAGUAGUCAGGCUUGCAGUGCAUCUGCCCAACCACCACACGGUGUAUCCAAGAGCAACCCUGCGAAGACGGAACGUCAGCAGCGAAGAGGAAGCCUACGAUUUCAGUGGUACAGGUGUCAACGUAGUCGGUCGAAUCUACACUGUCAGUCGGAGGGAGGGUGAGCGCUACUUUCUUCGCCUCCUCCUCACACAAGUGCCAGGUGCAACAUCCUUCCAGAACUUGCGAAAUAUCGACGGCGAGCAGUGCACCAGAUUCCGACAAGCUUGCUUACGACUCGGUUUGCUGGCCGACGAUGCCGAGUGGAAGCACGCAAUCCGAGAUUCAUUGCGGUCAAGCUUCGUUCCUCUUUCUCAUCUGUUUGCUACGAUUCUGGCACACUGCCAGCCUUCGGACCCUCUCUCGCUGUGGAACGACCACCUGGACAUGUUUCUCACCGAUAUUCGCAAUCGUGCACGCGGACAACCCAUUCGAAGACAGCAGUUCCGCGAUGAUCACCACGCCACAUCUUACGUGCUUCGAGAGGUACAGGAGGCCCUGCAGACCAUGCGUUCCGACUGGACGCUCGCAAACUUCGGACUCCCACUGCCCGAUGACAGCCUUCCCGCUUUGGAACAGCAAAACGAGAUCGAGACCCCCGAAGCAAGAGCGCAGCAUGGUCGUCUCUUCUUCCUCGAUGCUCCUGGCGGAACAGGCAAAAAAUUCGUGCUCAGCGCCAUUCAAGACUUCCUUCGUACGCGCCGUAAGCAAUUCAUCGCUGUCGCUACGUCUGCUGUUGCUGCUGUGUUGCUCGACGGUGGACGCACCGCUCAUUCCGUGUUCAAGGUUCCCAUUCCUGUAUCUGCCGAAAGCACGUGUAGCUUCUCCGCAAACUCCGACACUGGCCGUACACUGCAACAAGUCGAUCUCAUCAUAUGGGACGAGAUCGUCAUGUGCCAUCGACAUUGCAUUGAGACUGUCGAUCGCUACCUUCGCGACUUGAUGCAAACCGACCGGCCCUUCGGAGGAAAGUUCCUCGUGCUCGCUGGAGACUUUAGACAAAUCCUUCCCGUCGUUCCGGGCGGGUCCCGAGGUCAAAUCGUGAGCCCGUGCGUCAAGGCUUCCCCGCUGUAUCGAGAGUGCCGAUUCCUGCGCCUUACCGAGAACAUGCGCCUUGCUGCUCUCCGAGCGGACCCUGCAGUAGAUGUGGAGGCUCUCAACUUUCCAGAGUUCCUCCUUAGCUCCGUUGCGUUCGAGCAUACCAUCCGCAAUUUAUGCCUCAAGGUCUUCCAAGGGAUUCGAGACAAUCACACCGACCCUGCCUGGCUCACCAAGCGCGUUAUACUCACCACAAAGAACAGGCCGCUCGAGGAAGUCAACGAGGUCAUCGGCAACAUGAUUCCGGGACCGUGUCGAACGUAUUUGAGCGCAGACAAGGUCGAAAGCGAAGACACCAACGCGCUAUUCUAUCCCACAGAAAUGCUCAACACCUUGACCGCCGUAUCUGCUCUAUCAGACCACAAUCUCAAGCUCAAGAAAGGCUUCAUCGUCAUGCUUCUGCGCAAUGUCGAUCCCGCUACCGGUCACGUCAACGGCGCGCGAUAUGUCACCGAGAACAUGACCAACAACCUGCUCUUUCUACGCGUUACCACCGGGUCACAUCAAGGCAACAGACUGUGUCUUCCUCGAAUGCCCUGUGGACCAGGAGACGACAACUUUCCCAUCCCUGGCUUCACCCGAACGCAGUUCCCCAUUCGCACGUGCUUCGCCAUUACAACGAACAAAGCGCAAGGCCAAUCCUUCGGUGGCUGCAUUGGUCUCGACUUACGAGAUCACUGCUUCUCGUACGGUCAACUCUACGUCGCACUAUGA